AUGAAACGCCCAGCAGGGCGAGCAGCUGCACCAGGUUCCUUCCAAGCGGCAUUGUAUGAUAGCUUUGUAGGCAGCUAUGCCAGCAGAUCUGCGGGUUUACAAGACCUGGGCUCAGGAAAGCACUGUCGCUCACACUGUGGUCGUGCCAUCAAGAAGGAUGGCAAGAUUACUUUUCUGGCGUGCAGGCUGGCUCAGAGUACACCACCUUGCACGUGGAGGGCAGUGUUGAAGGAACAGGCGGAUGGGACAGCAGAGCUCUACCAGCAUGCAUCGCUUUGGAGAUCUCACAUAGCUGGUGCAAAGACAACUGGGACACGUGGUUUCGAAAGCCUUGCAGAGCGGAAGGUGCUGGAGGCGGCUCUUGCGCAGAAAGCCACUUCGCGGCCGCGUUUGGCCUUGAGGUCAGGGCGUACGAACAAACAACAACCCGUGCAGAAGGCGCAGCUGAAGCAAGUGCAGAACUUGCGCAAGGGGCUCUGUGCUUCAUGGUAUGGAAGACGCACAGUCGGAGACUUGCGCCGAGCAGUCCAGCAGUGCGACAAGCUUCCCGAAGUAGAAUCGCAGGCUUACUGGUGCCACAGCAGCAUCGUCAGGAAGGGCCCCAAGUCCGAGAUCAGCAUCCUUGCAACCACUCCGGCAUUGCAGCGCCGCUUUGCUCGAGCUUGUGCUGCAGGGUGUGUCGUGGCAGCUGAUGGCGGGUUCAAAUUCAAUCUGCUGGGCUGGCCCUUGACAGUGCUGGGUUGCUUGAACCCCGCUGGGGAGUUCGGGCUCUGCGCCCUUGCCUUGACGUCGGACAUGGAAUCCGAACGGAUGGUGUCCACACUGACAGCAUUUGCUCAGUCAACUGCGAGACUUGCGCAGAGCAAAGUGUCGGCACCCUUUUCGAUGAGUGAUGCGGAGCCAGCCUACCGUUCUGCGCUCAAGUCAGCUUUUGAUGCCACGAAUCUCAUGUGCUACUUCCAUGUCAAGCACGCAGCACGAGACAGCUUUUACAAGCGCUUCAAAGGCAGCAAAGAUGAGAAAGAAGUGGCAUGGUCGGAGAUCAGCCUGCACAUUGACCUCAUGAGACAGGCACAAUCUCAGGAGGAUUUCGUUUCUAGGGCCAAUGCGGUCAAGGCGAAGUGGUGUCAAGAUGGUUUGGAAGGCAAGACUGCGUGGAAGGACAAGCUUGGUCGCAACUACAACUGGGUGAGCAGCUUCUUUCGGCAAUGGCUGGACAAAGUGGGUGAUUGGCAUUUGGCUGUCGCUGCAGAUCUUGCAUCUGCGCCUUCCACGAACAACGCUGCAGAGAGCACCAUCAAGUACACCCGGCAGGACGCUGGCAACGUAGUCGGCAGUGUGGGCGAGACGCUCAACUUCAUGCUGGAGCAAGUGGAGGUGGCCACAAAGGCUCAUUUUGAUCCGACGGCUCCCCGGCAUGUGGACGCUCAGCUUUGGCAGAAGGCGGCCUCAUUUCAAAGUCUUUUUGGCACGGACAAGAUCCGAUCCGUCACUCUUGAAGGCGGGCAGGAAACCACUGUGGAGAUUUUGCUUACAUUCCAUGGCGGGCUUCGAGGAGACCAGGCCUUUUGCACAUGUCCGGCGUUCCCAGCUGCCAAGCGGUGCUUCCACGUGCUGGCCUUGAACAUGCACUUGGGAAAAUGCAAGGUGCCAGAUGAGUUGGACUCUACUCCAUUGGGCGCCUUCGGCCGGGGUAACAAGCCCAAGGCACCUGGCCGCGGAUCCGUGCCGCUGAAAGCAGAUGACAAGGAUCUCCUCAUCACCAGUUUGCGCGAGCAGCUUCGCAAGGCCAAGGCCAAGAACAAGGCAAUGGGUCAGGAAACCACUGUGAAGGCAGCAGGCCACAAAACAUCGGCGCCUCCCGUGUUGCACGACCUGCGACGUUGUCGUCGCAAAACGACAUGGAAUGCCGCACCACAGAUAGUGCCUAGCGACAGAGAUGCAGAAGGGUCCCAGACAGCGGCCGUGUUGAACGUGCGUGUUCUGUACAGUGUUUCAGCGGAUGGGAACCCAGUUUUGAAAACCACAGAUCCCGUCAACAAGAUCGUCGUAGAAGAUGUUAGUGUAACCUUGGGGACGGAGCUUUCCAGGCUUUUCCAGUCUUUCGGUGCUCCAGCUGCUGCUGUGCAGGAUCAUAUGCUGAAGGCAUGUUCUUUCCUGCCCGACGGUAAGCUCGAAACCACAGAUGUGUAUGCGAACCAAGCUGUGCGUGAUGUGCUGAGCAUUUCCGACACCGUUCUUUUGCAGCGCAAAGGCGGUUGA